AUGCCUACUUAUGUAAAUAAUUAUUGUAUUUGUAUUAUAAUAGACUCAAUUAACUCAACCAAAUUAAAUAAAGAUAUUGUUUCAAGUAAAGAUUUGCCAUUAAUUCCUAAUAAUUUUAGUGGUGACAAAGUGCCACAUUUAAGCAAUUCUUUAGUGGAAAAUGUUAGCAGUAUAGAGUUUUGUGAAUAUCUAGAACCCGAAUUUCAAAGAUUGUUAGAAAACAAUUUUGAAGGCAUUGAAUAUUAUUAUAUUGAUAAUAAUAUCAACAAAUCAAUUGAUUCCAAUCAAAGUGAGAAAAUCCUAAAUAUUUAAAUAGUUGAACACAAAUAAUAUAGUCCUUUUUUAAAUAGAUUUAGAAGAGUAUGGAUUACAAAGAAUAAUUAAUCAAGAAAAAGAUAUUGAAGUCUCUGAUGAGUCCAAUGAGGUUUAUGAACCAAGGACAGGUGAUGAUUGCAGGGAGCUUUUAGUAUAUGAUAAGAAAAAUGACAAUAAAUCUUUAAGAUCUAAAUCAGAAAGUAAAGGAAAUUCAUUUAAAUAGUACAUUAUAAAAUAAAUAAUAAAUAUUCUUUUUUAAAUUUGUUUAUUAGAUAUGGACAUAGAAGAUGAGAUUCAGCAUCAAAAGAGAAAAACAAAGUGGUUUAGAACUGUAAGAAAAGAGAGAAAAAAUAAAUUUACAUAAAGGAUUAACAUUUGUUAGCUCUAGUGGUAAGUCUAUAGCUGGAAGAAAAAUCCAGCUACUGAAAAAAUGUAGAAAAAUGUGUCAAACAUUUUUUACAGAUAAUGUUAGAAAUCAAAUUUUUAGUGUUUUGUAUUGGAUUUAGUAUUUAGUAUUGGAUUUUGGCUACUCAUAAUAGAAGACUGUCUUUUUCUAUCUGGCUUAAUAAACUCGCCAGAGAAAAAAUAUUUUUGUAUUAAAAGGUUUGAUAUUAAUAAAAAAAGGACUUUAACAUUCAGUUAUUUUUUUGAAAUAAACGGAUAACGCCAUUCAGUCUGUAAAGAUUGCUUUUCAAAAACUUUGGACGAAAUAGAGGGUUUUAUUAGGCCCGUUACUAAAAAUAAAGCUUUUCAUAUUUCUGGAAUUGUAAAUCUAGAUAAAAGCGGUAAAAAAUCACCCAAAAACAAAAUCUCAGAUAGUAGAUUAACUAAAGUUAUCGAGCAUCUAAAUUUAUUCCCGUCUUAUGAAAGUCAUUAUACAAUGAAAUUAAACGAUAAGAAAUAUUUACCUAGUAAUUUAAAUUUACAGAAAAUGUACGAAUUUUAUAA